AUGAUGACCUCUGUGAAGUCGCAGUCCAAGAGAUGGACGCUCGGGUUGAUCUUGCUGGGCGUCGUUGUGCUGCUCUGGGUGCUCUCGUCGUUUCUUAUCAAUAUGAUCUUCGAGGACAACUCGUACCGCAAACCGUUUUUCAUCACAUACCUCAACACGGCCUCGUUCAUCUUCUACCUCGUACCGACGUUCCGGAACGUGUGGUAUCGCUAUAGGACGACCGGCAAGCUCGACAUCCACGACGAGUUGGUCCUGGAAGAAGAGGGCGAUGGUAGUGGUAGCUGCAGAAUCAGCAACAGCAGCAGUAGUAAUACGGCUCCCGAUGAACACACCUCCCUCAACUCCAACGACCCAAACAUCAAGUUGCCCCUACGGUCCACUGUCAAGCUCAGUGCCCAGUUCUGCAUACUAUGGUUUCUCGCAAACUUGGUCACAAACUCGUCGCUAUCGUACACAUCUGUCGCAUCCCAAACCAUUCUAUCCUCAACAUCGUCCUUCUUCACCCUUCUAGUAAGCGCACUCUGCCACGUAGAGUCCGUCAACAAGGUCAAGAUCCUCGGAAGCAUCGUCUCGUUUUUGGGAAUCGUCAUGGUCACCAAAUCAGACUACUCCUACGUCACCUCGUCAGAAGUGCAUUUGGCCAUCCCAUACAAGUUCCACAACGGAAUCGACUACGACAAUACGAGCCCCAUGACCAUAUUCGUGGGAAACUUGCUCGCACUAGCGGGUGCUCUGUUCUACGGUGUGUACUCAACCCUAUUGAAGCUAAAGGUGCAGGACGAGUCAAGGAUCAACAUGAAAAUCUUUUUCGGAUUCGUUGGGUUGUUCACUCUGGUGUUCCUGUGGCCCGUGCUCAUCGUGCUACACUUCACGGGCAACGAGACAUUCGAACUUCCGUCGACCCCCAGAGUGCUGUCCAUCAUCCUGGUCAACUGCGUCAUCACGUUCAUUUCCGAUUUCUGCUGGGCCAAGGCCAUGCUUCUAACGUCGCCGUUGAUCGUCACUGUCGGACUCAGCGCGACCAUCCCGCUAGCCAUGGUGGGCGAUUUCGUCUUCAAGGAAAAACCAAUGACCGCCCUGUACUUGUUCGGUGCAGUGCUGAUAUGCUUCUCGUUCUUCAUCGUCAACAAGAACGCAGAAGAAGAAAACGUGAACCAGGCCCUCGAAGCAAUGAGCUCGGAUACAACAAUAACUUAUACAGUAUGA